ACGGUUGCAGCAGGGCUCAGAAUCGACGACUCCUCAUCGUCUGGUCGAAAGGAUCGGUGCGUUCGUUCGUGGCAUGCAGGUGGCCGAGGUUUCGCCUGGCGAUCACGCGGGUGGUUCGCAGGUUCGAGAGGUGCAUGGGUCAGAUGAGACGACUCGCCGGGACCGACCUGCGCCUGCACAACUGCAGACGAAGUUGAACCAGGAACGAGAAGCAAGUGGGAACAUCGCCGGUGAGGACGAGAUGUUCGAACAGGGGGUGUUCCGUGAGAGAUCUCCUGAAAAGACUCAGUCGGGAGGCAAGCGCAACUUGGCAGAUGAGGAAGAGCGAGAGGGAGUAGGUGCUCUGAAAAGGCAGAGAAAGGAAGGAGGGAGUGCUCGGACGCCAAUAACACGAGAGGGCGGUUCCGUUGAGAAGAGGAAAAGGGUUGGAGGUGGGGAUGAAACGCCAAAAGACUCGUCGACACGGCGAAGAACUGGUGAGUCUUCCGGGAAAUGGUCGAAAUCAGCGAGGGAGAAGAGAGCAGAUGAGGGCAACGGCGGGGAGGGGGAUGACGACGUGGAGAUUAACCUCAACGCCUUUAACCUCGACAAUGCGUUCUUCCUCGAGAUGAAGACAAGGGUGCAGAGGGACGUCGUCUCACAGCCCGAGAAAUACUGGUAUUAUCCUGUAUGUGGACAGCAUAACGCGAGGGCGGCGAUGAAGGUGAAAGACCAUCCCAUGUUCGAGUACUACAACUUCUGUAAAUGGCCGUUCAGACCGAUCUACUUCCCUGACGACGAGUUCGACGGCUACGCCCAUGUCCGCUGCGAAGACAAUAUGAAAGACAAGAAGAAUCCACCGCGUUUGCAGGUUUUGUCUAUGCAGGACAUUCGCAAUAUCUGGAAAAUAAGGGGCAAACCGCGUGUGGUGCUCGGCAAUCCAUCGAAGAAAAAGGAGGAGGUGCGAAAGUGGGUGCAGUUCAUGGCGUUGGCAAUGAAGAAGACACCGUACACGCCUUUGUGGAACCUGUCAACGGAAGAAAAGAAAAAAAAGGAAUGGGCUAAGAAACUUCGAUACUACCUCCCGCUGGCCAUGGCAGAUGACUCCGUCUUCGCUUUGGGGGAGAAGUUCUAUGACUCUGGGGCAUUCGCGUCUCUGAGUAAAUUGCUGGGCUUCGUUUGUCAGGACUACUGGACAUUGGUCGUAUUCGUUCCCUGCCUGUGGAACCUCUCCUUCAUGACAUCUUUGUCUGCGCUUGGGGCUACCCGAUGCUACACGGGGAAGUGGGUUCGGAAGACGGCAUCGAAGAAGACGCAUCAGUUCGGAAACAGCGUCUGGGAGGAGCCGGAUGUGAUGCACAUCCUUUUCAAACGCGAGUAUUCGCGGCUCCUGACUCACCCGGUGUACGAGGGAGUUGUUGCCGAAGACGAUGCCGCCGCUCUCCGGAGGAAACAGAAAGUGACACCCACGGAUAUGGAGGAGAAGUCUUUCAAGUCCUUAACUUUCGCGGACAUCGGGAACCUCAGCAAGAGGGGGAAUGUGUACAAGGACGGCGAGCGGAAUCCUUAUCAGUUAUGCAAUCAACUUCUUUUCUUCUGUGGUGUGGCGGAUGCCGUGCUGUUCUUGGGCAAGCCGCACGUGCAGGUGGUGUGGAGUCUGCUUCAGCAAGGAAGGCACGUCUUGGCCGUGGAUGGGGACACAACGCAGCUUGAAUACACCGUGCAGUAUGUCACCCAUGAAGUGUCGUCCAGGGCUUAUGCAUGCGAUUUUCACCAUGUCGUGGUCGAGCCCGUUUAUGACCCGAACAAGGACAUGUUCUUCAAGUUGACUCCGAAGAAAAGGCACCAGGUCUACUCCUUCCUUUACGGCGAACAACCAAGGUUGAGAUUUGACCACCAGUACGUGGUGCGGAAGGAAGUCGCCAUUGCAGUCCUCCAGGGCUACCACGGAGCAAGUCGGGCCGACGCAGUGAGCUUCAUUAAGAGGCUGGAAUAUGUAUUUUUUAACGAGGGUGUGGUCGAUCCGGCCGACUUCACUUUGGAUAACUACAGGUUGCCAUUCGGUGAGGAUGAUGACUUCCAUAUCGAGACUCAGCAGGAGGAGAGCAUUGAGGACGACCUCUUCGAUUUGGACGGGCAAUUGGCCAUCUUCAACACCCAAGUUUCUAAGUCGCCGUCAGUAUGCAAAACCGGGGACACCUCUCGCUACACCCACAUCGGGCGGUCCCACGCCCUGGCUGUGAGGGACUUAAGUGGAGGGUGGAUAUAUGACGAUCGUUGGGACCUCGAGACAUUCAAAUCUCGCGCCUACGAUGCGGGAUUGAAGAGACUAAGUGAGGUCAAUCGACGAAGUAAGGACGACCCUGCUCUGCGCGCAUACGGGGAAACACUGUUCGAUUUAUUGCAGUCAAAUAAAUGGCUGGAAGUAUCCUCCACGUUCUACGACCUUCCGUCAAGCCCGUCAAUUAAGCAAGUGAGUUGGGAGUUGCAUGCGGUCACCCCGCCGGUAGGAGUUGUGAAGCGCAAGUAUCGCGGAAAGGACGGCGAAGGGGAUGGUGAAGGCGGCGGGCAACGAGGUACCGGAGGUGGAAGUGAACAACGUUCGACGAAACAUCGGUCUCUGGGGCACACGGGCUGCGGAGAGGGGAAAAAGGGCAGCUGGGAGAAGAAAAAGCCUCGCAGCGGAGAGAAGACAAAGCAUCACACAGGAGACGGGCAGGGGGCCGAUGUCGACCGCGACGAGGACGGUGGGGUUAUGGCGGUAACAGGCAGCACCUCAAUGGAGACGGGGAACGACUUCAGGCCUGGGUGGAUUACGCGGCCUGGCGAGCAGGACCCUGUGAUUAGCUCCACCAGCGCAACACAGUUUACCUAUGCUGUUGGCGGGGCAGUUGUAGCAAAGAAUGGAACUUACUUCGCUCAGCUUCAAAAACGGUUGGCGGAUUGUUUCGGAACAAUCCGAACCUCGGAGACGACAUCAUCAUCCGGAACUCAGUGCCUUCCGGGAAGCGAGACGACAACUUACCACAGAUCCGGCACCGACAAGCUCGAACCAUACUAUCGGUGUCAGGACGCCAUAAUGCUGUGCAUGGAAGUCCACAAGGAGCUGUUGACAGACUGUCCGAUUGAGGGUGAGUUAGCGACCAGUUUCAAUGUCAAGCCCCUCACACUCGGAGCUGAAUGCCUGGUGACGGUACGCGCUGAGUUAGCAGUCUUAAGCGACUCUCCGGUGAAAGCGGACACGUCAGCGCCAUUCGAAACUGCGAGGGCUCGGAUGAAUCCGAACCAGGGCCCUGUGAGCAUGUCCCUCCCUGAUGCAGCUUUGGAGACGACCGUAAUUCGGAUUCAUCCGAGACACACGGACGAAGGACUUCAACUGGCAGGCGUUGAGGGUUGUCGACUUCUGACGACUUUGGACAAGGACGAUUCCGCCGACGACCGGAUUGAUCCGACACUCAGCGACGUCGGGAUCGAGCAACCAGUUCAGCCGGCAUACGACGACCCCUUGUACUCCGGCCUUCACGACGACGCGAUAGGAGAGGACGUUUUGAAGAAGUCCUCUGACGCUGCUGGAGAUAGAUUUUUCUAUUUGAGUGACGACGAUAAAGACACAGCGCAUGAAGACAAGAAGUUAAGGGGGGGAGAGGUGUUGUUGGACAUCCAUGGGACCUUGAGCACAACACAAUACGACACAGUGGCGAUGGAGAAAACCCAACCUGUCGAUGUUGUGGACGUCGACGCUCUUUCUCCGGAGACAGACAGACUAAAAUUGCCUGUCGCGGAUGUGGAGGAUUUCCGCCAUCGGGAUGGGGAUGAAUUUAUGCCAUCUCCGGUCAUCGACGCCGACAUCUCGAACCUGUCAAGUUUCCCUGUGGGUUUGGAGCACGUCGUCGCCGCGUCGACGCGCACAGGGGUGUCAAUCGUGUUGGGACUUCCAUCGGUGGGCUCUGGUGACGUGGAAGCUAAGCUUGGUAAGCACUGACUUUCUCUGCUUGCUUCCCGCUCGUCAGCCCGUUCGUGAAGUGUUGCUUGCUUCGUCGAUUUCGGGGAGGUGUGUAAGCGUCCGCCAACU